AUGACAGACGAGUUUCUGUUUCAAGACAAUAAGAACCAUACUGUUUGUAUAAAUCCAACAAAAAGAACUUUAAACGAGAAACCUAUAGAUGAACUUCUUUUGAAAGCAGAUGUUGACAACAAAGCUGACAAAGAGUAUGUAGACGAUGCAAUAGCAAAAGAAGAAGAAAGAGCAGAUGCAACAUAUGCAACGAAAGAACAUACUCAUCCUGAACUAGCAGACAAAACAUAUGUUAACAAUAAAAUGUCAAGUGAAGUGACAAGAGCUGAAAACGAAUAUUCUAAAAAGACUCAUACACAUACCAUUGCAAAUAUUACAAACUUACAAGAAACCUUAAACAGGAAAAGUGACGUUGGACAUACACAUACCAUUGCAAAUAUUACAAACUUACAAGAAACCUUAAACAGUAAAAGUGACGUUGGACAUACACAUACCAUUGCAAAUAUUACAAACUUACAAGAAACCUUAAACAGGAAAAGUGACGUUGGACAUACACAUACCAUUGCAAAUAUUACAAACUUACAAGAAACCUUAAACAGGAAAAGUGCCGUUGGACAUACACAUACAUCUUCUGAAAUAACAGACUUAAACGUUAGCCUUGAAAAUAAAGCAGAUAAAACAUAUGUCAAUGAAAUAUACCAAAGUUUAGUUGGAACAAAAAAUAUUGAGACUAUUGUUGGUGACCUUUCUGUCAAUGAAGAAAAUAAAUAUUUUAGAUGGCAGUUGGUACAGUCCUUAGAAAAUGGUACACGGUAUAAACUCAUUCCGAAAAAUAACAAUGAAAUGUAUGUAAGCUAUAAAAAGAACGAUGGUACACAAGUUAAAGUUCCAUUAGACAACAACUGCUACUUAAACUUCUAUGGAGACGAACAAAAGAAAUAUUUAAGAGUUUAUGAAAUGGCAGAUAUGACAUUGCCUGACCCAGCUCCAGCACCAUAUUAUUAUGACUAUGGAGAUGACGUUAGAACACCACAUGUAGAUGAACAAAAGCUAACAUUAUAUUUAGAUUUUUAUAGAUAUAAAAGAUAUAAUGCAAUAGAAAAAACGAGAAUAGUAUACUAUUAUGAAGAUGACAGAAAUAAAUAUUAUAGUCAAGACUUUACCUACCCUGAAAACAUAAGAUUAUAUUAUAAAAAAUAUUCUAACACAAACCAGAAGAAACCAGAAAUA